AUGUUGAGAAAGCAGAGGGAGAGAAAGAGAGAAAGAGAGAGAGCAUUUAUAGAGAAUGGAGGCAGGGUACUUGAGAAGCUGGUUUCCAUUUGUAAUGGCAAACCUAUUCCCAUACGUACCUUCUCCUUUGCAGAGUUGAGCAAAACCACAAAUAACUUUGAUCCUCAACUUGUUAUACGUGAAGUGUGGCCUUAUCAAUGGUGUAAAGGUUAUCUUGAAGGCCGAACUAUUUUCAUUAAGAAAGCGGAAGAUGUCGAUUCAAAGGAGAAGUUGUUCACCGAUUUAGCAAUUUCUGCAAAGGUGAGUGCUCACAAGAAUGUUCUAAAGCUCGUUGGUUGUUGCCUUGAGACUCGAAAUGUCAUUUUAGUGUAUGAAUUUGCUGGGAAGGGAACCCUAAGGGAUCUUAUUGUCGCCUCUAAUAAAGAGCCCCUGACGUGGGAGAGUAGGCUAAGGAUGGCAAGAGAGAUUGCUCAUGCAAUUUCAUAUCUCCACACAGCAUUCUCUAGACCCAUCAUCCAUACCGAUAUUGGACUACAUAAUAUCUUCAUAGACUGCCAUGGGGUUCCAAAACUAACUGGUUUUUCAAAGUCUUUAAUAAUCCCUGAGGGUGAAACUCAUGUCAGGGUGGAUGGUCAUGAAAGGGAAUGUUUUUGGCAUCCUAUGAGAGAACCAUGCCCCUACUAUAGGGAGACGAGGUGCAUAACAGAGAAAAGUGAUGUCUAUUUCUUCGGUGCAACUGUCUUGAAAAUUUUAACUGGAUUGAGUCAUCAUUUUUAUUAUCGGGCAAUAGAUAAUCUAAAGGAGGCACUAAUUGAAUUUAGAAAUUGUGCUAUAAAUUCAGUGGUGGAUCCUGUAAUCAUGGCAGGGGAAUUAAGAGGAGCUGGAGUGGACCAGCAAUUCCAAGCUGUGCGGGACCUUGCUUUAAGGUGCUUGAAGGAGGACCCUAUGGAAAGACCAACCAUGGUUGAUGCUACCAAAGAACUCAGACGAAUCGAAAAGUUUAUCCUGUAA